ACCAUCCCACAAUCCCAUUGGUUUUAUUUAUUUGCAAACAAGUUUACAACUACCUCCAAUUCACUCUCAGCACAGAACACAAACACAGAACACAAACACACAACAUCGUUAUUAUCGCUCUCUCAAAUUCUCCCUCUCCCCUUCUCUCAAACUCCAGAGUUUGCCAUGGAAGCCCUGCAAUCUCUAUAUCUCUCUUCAUCUCCGUUAAACCCACUUCACCAAAAAUCUCAUAAUGCAACAAAGCCCCCACCUGAAAGAAUCUCAUUCAUCAAAGCAUCGUCAUCCUCCACCGUUUCAGCUCCAAAACGAGAGAAAGACCCCAAAAAGAGGGUUGUCAUAACGGGCAUGGGACUGGUAUCUGUCUUUGGUAAUGACGUAGAUGCUUAUUAUGAUAAAUUGCUUGCUGGUGAAAGUGGGAUUGGAACCAUCGACCGCUUUGAUGCUUCUAAGUUUCCUACCCGCUUCGCUGGGCAGAUCCGGGGCUUUAAUGCACAAGGCUAUAUUGAUGGAAAAAAUGAUAGGAGGCUUGAUAAUUGCUUGAGGUAUUGCAUUGUUGCUGGCAAGAAGGCUCUUGAAGAUGCGGAUCUUGGAGGGAAUAAUCUAUCUAAGAUUGAUAAGGAGAAAGCUGGUGUGCUUGUUGGAACAGGGAUGGGUGGUCUUACAGUCUUUUCCGAUGGUGUUCAAUCUUUAAUUGAGAAAGGACACAGAAAGAUUACCCCAUUUUUUAUUCCUUAUGCUAUAACAAACAUGGCCUCUGCCUUGCUUGGAAUUGAACUUGGUUUCAUGGGUCCAAAUUACUCGAUUUCAACUGCUUGUGCUACUUCUAAUUAUUGCUUCUAUGCUGCUGCCAAUCACAUUCGCCGAGGUGAGGCAGAUAUGAUGAUUGCUGGUGGAACAGAAGCUGCUAUCAUUCCUAUUGGUUUGGGAGGUUUUGUUGCAUGCAGGGCCUUAUCACAAAGAAAUGAUGAUCCAAAAACCGCAUCUAGGCCAUGGGACAAAGAUCGAGAUGGUUUUGUUAUGGGUGAAGGUGCAGGAGUGUUGGUAAUGGAGAGCUUGGAACAUGCAAUGAGACGAGGUGCACCAAUCAUUGCUGAGUACUUGGGAGGUGCUGUUAACUGUGAUGCUUAUCACAUGACUGAUCCAAGAGCUGAUGGUCUUGGAGUGUCUUCAUGCAUUGAGAGAAGUCUUGAAGAUGCCGGCGUGUCUCCUGAGGAGGUUAACUACAUAAAUGCACAUGCAACUUCCACUCUUGCUGGUGACCUUGCUGAGAUAAAUGCUAUAAAGAAGGUAUUUAAGAACACUUCAGAGAUCAAAAUCAAUGCAACCAAGUCUAUGAUUGGACAUUGCCUUGGUGCUUCUGGAGGUUUGGAAGCUAUUGCAACUGUGAAGGCCAUAACAACAGGAUGGCUGCAUCCUAGUAUUAACCAAUUUAAUCCAGAGCCCUCAGUUGAGUUUGAUACUGUUGCCAACAAAAAGCAACAACAUGAAGUAAAUGUUGCUAUUUCAAAUUCAUUUGGAUUUGGUGGACACAACUCUGUCGUGGCCUUUUCUGCAUUCAAGCCUUGAUCACCUGACCUUCCUGCAUUUCUUUUCAUGCAUUCAAGCCCCGGGCAUCCAGCUUGUCUGCAUUUCUUGUAGUGAUCAGUCUUGCUUAGUCGGGAUAUGCUUAAUUCACUAGUCAAUGAGUCUCCAUCUUCUAAUUCAAGUUGCUGCGUAAUAAUCAUCUUCUUGUCAAUUUUGAGUUGAACUACAGCCUAAGGUUUAUGGAUCUUUUCUCUUAAUGAAAUUUCAUUUUUCUUCGCGUUUAUUGAACUUUUAGAAAGUAAGAGGCAUGUAAUUUCAUUCAGUUUUGACUUUCGCGUUGUGCAGCAGAGAAAUGAACGUCUGCGAGACCUGUUCUAAUACUGUCACGUUCCUUUUUAA